AUUCAAUUAUUAUUUUAUAACAGACGCAACGAGGAAAGGAUGAAGCGGGUACAGGAAGCUCGUGAAGAAAGAGAGCGUAAGGCUAUAGAAGCAAAGAAACAACAAGACAGAGAUAGAAAGAACAGAGAGGAGCGACUAAGAGAACAGCAGCAGCAGCACAGAAAGCAGCAACUUCUUGCUAAGAGACGUGCAGAAGAGGCUAGAGUUAAGAAGAUUAAAGAACAGGAAGAAGAACGAAGGAAACAGGAAGAGGAGUCAAGGAAAUUAAAGGAAGAAGAAAAGCAAAAUGAGGAGGAAAAACUAUUAUAUCUGGCAGAGCAACGCCGUCGUCAAGAGGAAGAAAGGAAACGAAAAAUUGCUGAGGUAGAACGCAUCGCCCGUGAGAAAAAGGAGUUAGAAUACCUUAAAUUGCUUGAAGCACAGCGCAUUGCUGAGUUACAACAAGCUAAAUUGACAAGCUCAGCAGUUAAAAAGAUUGCACUAGCUGAUAACAAGGAAACUGGACUAAAUCAUACAUUCACUUUAAGUGAUAACAAGGAAAAUGGUCUUAAUACCACAUUUUCCAAAACUACUGGACCGUCUCAGUCAAGUUCUACUGGGAAAAACAAAGAUAGUUAUGACAUUACACCAAACUCCAAGAAAUAUAAGAAAAAUAUUAAUAAUUAUGAUAUAAAUGAUAUUGAGAGUGAUGACUCAACUGAUGAGGACAGUGCUCCUAAGAGGAAAAUUCCUCCCUGGGCUAUGAGAUCUCAGCUCACAGCUGCUAUGAUCAACCAAGUAUACUCCGGACCUGUGGUUGAGGAGAUCUUCCCUCCGACUAUUCUUCUCACCACACCUGAUCUCACCCAAAUCUUUCCUAAGCGGAAAAAAUUUAACAAACGCACCUCUAGUGCGAUAUGGACUACACCACUUUCUAAAUAUUUUGAAUAAUGUUAGCUAUAUACAGUACUGUGUAUAUAUUUUAUCAUGCUUCAUGGUAUAAACUAAUGAUUUUCA